AUGCUUGAUGUCAACGACUUCAUCGCGGAUCGCGGGGGCAACCCGGAAAAGAUCCGUGAUUCCCAGCGGCGCAGACAUGCCAGUGUCGAAAUCGUCGACGAGAUUAUUGCUCUCUUUGACGACCACCGCAAGACCCAAUACAGCGCAACCCAGAUCAACGGCAAGAUUAACGAAGUCCAGAAGCAGAUUGGGACAAAAAAGAAGGCCAAAGAGAACGCCGAUGGUCUGCUCCAACAAAAAAAGGAUCUCGAAAGAGAGAAGAAGAGCCUAGUUGACUCGGCCGGGGAGAAGGAAGCACUUCUCAAGUCAAAACUCAGGACCAUAGGAAAUAUUGUGCACGAUUCCGUUCCCGUCAGCGACAAUGAGGACAACAACGACAUUCUUCGGAAAUGGGCUCCGGAAGACGUUGCUGUCGAGAAGCGCGACGUUCUCUCACACCACGAAGUUCUCUUCCGCCUCGACGGUUAUGACCCCGACCGCGGCGUCAAGGUCGUUGGACACCGUGGCUACUUCCUGCGCCAAUGGGGUGUCUUUCUGAAUCAAGCGCUCAUCAACUAUGGUCUCGAGUUUCUGACUCAGCGCGGCUAUACUGCGCUACAGACGCCACAGUUCAUGCUCAAAGACUUCAUGAGCAAGACGGCCCAGCUCGACGAUUUUGACGAAGAGCUCUACAAGGUGGUCGAUGGCGACGCCAAGAACGACAAGUAUCUCAUUGCCACCUCCGAGCAGCCCAUCUCAGCCUUCCACGCCGAUGAGUGGCUCCUUGCCAAGGAUCUGCCCAUCAAGUACGCCGGAUUCAGCUCGUGCUACAGGCGUGAGGCCGGAUCUCAUGGCCGUGAUGCCUGGGGCAUUUAUCGCGUUCACCAGUUUGAAAAGAUCGAACAGUUCCUCUUGACAGACCCCGAGAAGUCGUGGGAGUCACUUGAUGAAAUGAUUGCAGUCUCGGAAGAGUUUUACAAGUCCCUGGGACUUCCCUAUCGGGUCAUCGCCAUUGUUUCCGGCGCACUCAACAACGCUGCUGCCAAAAAGCUCGACCUGGAGGCUUGGUUUCCCUUCCAAGGCGAGUAUAAGGAGCUCGUUUCAUGCUCUAACUGCACCGACUACCAGUCGCGCGCCCUCGAGAUUCGCUUCGGGGCCAAGACACAGACGGACACGAAAAAGAAGUACGUGCACUGCCUCAACGCGACGCUGUGUGCCACGACAAGAACCAUGUGCUGCAUUCUGGAGAAUUACCAGACGGUCGAGGGUCUGCGGGUACCUGAGCCCCUUCGAAAAUAUCUUCCCGGAGCGCCAGACUUCAUUCCCUUCACCAAGGAGUUGCCAAAGGAGUCGACUUCGCAAAAAGCGUUGCCACAAAGAACCAAAGGAGGCAAGUAG